AUGUGCCAACAAACUUCCUCACCUCCAUCUCCCUACGUCAAAUGCAGUUCAACCCAAAAACAGCCCGAUAUCUUCGGUCCUUUGAUCCCCAAAAAUAAGCAAACAACACCUGAUGUCAAGCCCCACAAAUCUCAUCUCUCUUUAGCCAUCAAGGAAGCCAUUGGCAUAGCCCGAAUCGCGAUUCCGAUGGUCCUCACGGGAAUGUUACUGUAUUCACGCUCCAUGAUCUCCAUGCUCUUCCUUGGUCACCUCGGUGAGCUUUCACUCGCCGGAGGUUCACUCGCCAUUGGCUUUGCGAACAUCACUGGAUACUCAAUUCUUUCCGGCCUCUCCAUGGGAAUGGAACCCAUUUGUGGCCAAGCUUUUGGUGCCGGAAAACACACACGCCUUGGCCUCUGUUUACAGAAAACCAUUCUUCUUUUACUUUUGACCUCAUUUCCGAUAUCCCUUUUAUGGAUUAACAUGAAAAGAAUCUUGCUUUUUUGUGGGCAAGAUCAAGAAAUCGCAACAAUGGCACAGACUUAUCUUCUUUAUUCCCUCCCUGACCUCUUUGCUCAAUCUUUCUUACACCCAUUACGAAUUUACCUUCGUUCGCAGUCCAUAACUUUGCCUCUAACAUUAUGUGCGUUUCUUUCGAUCGUUCUUCACAUACCCAUCAAUUAUCUCCUUGUUACGAAGCUCGGAUUGGGGAUUAAAGGUGUGGCGCUAAGCAGCGUAUGGACGAAUUUCAACUUGGUAGCUUCAUUGAUCAUUUACAUAUUGAUUUCUGGAGUUUACAAGAAAACAUGGGGAGGUGUUUCGAGAGAAUGUUUGAAAGGAUGGAAUUCGCUUUUGAAUUUGGCGGUUCCAAGCUGCAUUUCGGUUUGUCUGGAAUGGUGGUGGUAUGAGAUCAUGAUUUUGCUAUGUGGGUUACUGGUAAACCCGAGAGCCACCGUGGCUUCAAUGGGGAUAUUGAUUCAAACCACCGCGUUAAUUUAUAUAUUCCCGUCGUCUUUGAGCUUCAGUGUGUCAACUCGGGUUGGUAACGAGCUAGGAGCGGGUCGACCAGGUAACGCUAAGCUAGUAGCCAUUGUUGGAGUGUGUUGUAGCUUCGUUUUGGGUUUCUCUGCUCUGUUUUUCGCCGCCGGGGUAAAAGAUUUAUGGGCGGUGAUGUUCACUCAAGAUAAAGAAAUCAUAGCUUUGACGUCGUUGGUUUUGCCGAUCAUUGGUUUAUGCGAGCUCGGAAACUGCCCGCAGACGACGGGGUGCGGCGUUUUGAGAGGGACAGCGCGGCCGAGCAUCGGAGCUAAUAUUAAUCUGGGAUGUUUUUACCUGGUUGGAAUGCCGGUGGCAGUGACGUUGGGGUUCUAUAUGGGGUUUGAUUUUGAAGGGCUGUGGUUGGGCAUGCUGGCGGCGCAGAUGUCUUGUGUGCUGACGAUGUUGGUGGUGUUGGGGCGGACGGAUUGGGAGGUGGAAGCUAUUAGAGCGAAAGAGCUAACACAGUGUGGCGGCGGCGACGAUUUUGUUAACGAUGAUGCUGACAGCGAAGAAAGUAAGGAGGAAAAGUAUAUGUUAAUCAAAGCUGCAAACAAGGAAGAAGAAUCUAUGGGUUUAGGGGAUGAUUUAGUUUAA